AUGCCUGUCACUCUCUUCGACCUGCCUGCGGAACUCUGGCUGAUGAUCAAGAGCUAUCUUGAGCCAUGGGACCUUCGAACUAUCGUCUGUCUCUACCUUGCAGACUCUCGGCAUCCAUAUUGCGGCGAGGCGCUCCUCAAGCAUAACCGCGAGCACAUUCAAGAGAACGAAGAUUACGUCGAGGAGUGCUCUGCAAUGACCUUUGAUGAGGGGCCUUAUACAGAUGCGAAUCUCACGCCCAACCCUGUUCUUAGCAAUGUCCGGUUCCGGCCGAGUACGGAAUUCCGACAAGAGACUUACCCACUAGAGGAGGACGCAUACUUGCAUCGGAGCGACGACUUGGACUGUGACGUGUCCGAGCGGGCCUACAUCGGGGAACAUCCUAUUGCAGCACGCAGCUUUGCGACUGCCACGCCAAUCUCAGUCAUCUUACUCCUAGGCGUGGUGACAGAGGACCUUCCAGACGAAUACGCGCUCGAACUCGAAAGGCCGGUCACCGUAUAUGACGUCCUCGCGAUGAUCCGCAAGAGUCUAAACCAAUCUUCUACGUCUCCAAACCCUCACAAAAUCUAUACGAUGUUUGCAUACGCUGCUCUCGCUGCCCUCAUUGCCAACGCCGCGUUCGCGCGCGCCGAAGUUGUUCCGACUGCUCCUGGUCCGGGCGACGUCUUCAAGCAGGGCGGUCAAUGCACAUUCACUUGGACUCCCGACACUACUGGCGUCUGGAAGCAAAUGAAUGUCGAGCUAAUGUCGGGUGACAACUGGCAAAUGAGCCACAUCACUACUGUUGCCACGAACAUUGACGGCACAGACGCCACCAAGGCCACCUUCUCGUACAACUGUCCCGAGGUGACGCCCAACUCUGCCAUCUACUUCUACCAGUUCUCCACCCCUUCAGCCCCCUCGAACCUCACUUGGACCACCCGCUUCACAAUCGCUGGCGCGGAUGGCUCCACCACGGCCCCGACAAACCAGACCCAGCCCGACGGCCAGUCCAUCCCCUGGGGUGUCGGCGCGCUCGUCGACCCCUCCACUGCCGUCGCGGCCCCCAACUACAUCGCAUCCUCCGGUGCUGCUGCUACGACUAACGUGGGCACUGCCGCCUCCAACACCGCUGUGGCUGGGACCACUGCCGCUGCCGCUACGACCUCGGUUGUUGCUACGACCUCCGCUGCACCGAGCACCUCUUCCAAGUUUGUGACCGCCCCCGCGGCACCUUCGGCGAGCUCGAGCGCGAACACGAACACCUCCGCCGCCCAGCAGAACACGACUGGUUCAGCAGGCAACGGUGCGGCGAGCUUACUCGGCUCCGACAGCUACGCCGUCCGUGCGGGCAUCGCGAUGGGGCUCGCUGCGUUCACGUUCGCGUUCGCGCUGUAAACGUUGCACGUCACGACCAUAACGAGACCCGCUCCUCUUCCGUCGUCUGCAGGAGUUGCAGGCGCGCUAGGGAGGAGGCGGACGCUUCUGCUUUCCAAUGGACACUUGCUGGAUCGCAUACACGUACAGACGCUCGUAAUAUGGGGAGGUUACGCACUUGGCGACUCGUUGCGGGUUCAUUGACGGGGCUUCAUUGCUGUUGGCGAGGGGACUCGGGUACAGAUUUGUAUGCCUGUGUCUUCUGUUUAUACCGGGAUGUUUACUUUUGGUGUUCACUGUGGGUCUUCUCCGUUGGCAAUCUAUCCAGGAUUCGAAUAUACGCGCCACAUCGUGG